AUGUUCGGAUUCAACAAGGGGGAGGAAAACCCGCCUCGCUCCCAUAGCGACGAAGAUGACGAGACCUCAUCUACACCUGUUUCCGAAGGAUCUUGGUUCCAGAAUGCCCUGCCCGUCUUUGCUUGCGGUGCUGGUCUUUUCUCAGACGGUUACAUCAACAACGUCAUUGGUUCGGUCAGCACCACCCUCGCGGUUCAGUACGGUACCGUCUACACCGGUUCCAAUGCCAAGAAAUAUGUUUCCGACAUUGCCUUUGUCGGUACCGUUGUAGGCCAGCUUACCUUUGGCUUUCUCGCCGAUAGGUGGUCCCGCACAAACUCAUUGUUGAUCUCAACCAUCAUCUUGACCAUCUUUACCGCCCUGGCAGCCGGUUCUUAUUAUCAUGGAGACAAUGUGGCCAUGUUCAACAUGCUCACCGCCUGGAGAUUCUUUGUCGGAAUUGGUAUUGGCGGAGAGUACCCAGCUGGCAGUGUCGGUUGCGCUGAGACCAGCGGAAAGAUGAAGGCGGGAACUCGCCAUCGUUGGUUCAUCCUCUUCACCAACUCCAUGAUUGACUUUGGUUUCGUCAUUGGUGCCUUCGUUCCUUAUGUGGUUGCGGCUGCAACUCACAAUGGCCACUACAGCACCAUUUGGAGAACCAGUCUGGGUAUCGGCGUCAUCUUCCCCUUGAUCUUGUUUGUCCUGCGAUUGAGACUCAAGGAGCCCGAAGACUUUUCCAAAAACGCCAUGAGGAAAGAGACCCCCUACCUCCUCAUCCUGAAGUUCUACUGGUGGCGCCUCCUUUGCGUGAGCGUUGUUUGGUUCCUCUACGACUUUUCCGUCUAUGCCUUUGGAAUUUACUCAUCUUCAAUCCUGGCUGGAAUCUACAAUGACACAGCCCCGCUUACGACUGUCUUUGGCUGGAACACUGUCAUCAACCUCUUCUACCUUCCCGGUACACUUAUUGGUGCCUUUGUCAGCGACUGGAUUGGUCCCAAGCACGCCUUAGUCCUCGGCGUUUCUCUCCAGGCCAUCGUGGGAUUUAUUAUGGCUGCCGUUUACUCCAAGAUCUCGCAGCACAUCGCAGGUUUCGCUGUUGUCUACGGCAUCUUCCUUUCCCUCGGCGAGCUCGGCCCCGGCAACAACAUUGGUCUUUUGGCUGCCAAGACCUGCGCGACAGGUGUGCGUGGACGAUACUAUGGAAUUGCUGCUGCGAUUGGCAAGAUUGGCGCCUUCGUGGGCACCUGGGUUUUCCCCUAUAUCCAGGCCGCUGGUGGUGAUAACGCUGUCAAGACAGCACAGUAUCCAUUUUGGGUCGCCUCCAGUCUGUGCAUUUUGUCAGCCGGUAUUGUCAUGUUCUGCCUUCCCAACGUUGGCCAGGAUACCAUCACACACGAGGACCUGCGCUUUCGGGAGUAUCUUGAGAGCCAGGGUUGGGAUACCGCCCAGUUGGGUAUCUCUACUAGCGAUGGUAGCGAGGAGGGAGUGGCGACGCCGAGGGAUGAUGAGAAGAAUGCUCAAAAGUGA